AUGAUACGAGCUACAAAUAUUAGACAAUACAUCUCUCAUAGUUUUCAAACAAGCUCGCGAGGUGCUGCACGACCUCAUCUUUUACGAACAGAGGGCUAUGCUCGCAGCAAGAGUUUAACAAGCUCGGCGCGUUCAAAUGCCAAUGAAACGCCUAUUAAACGGUAUCCUACAUUCCUCGAGGAGAUCCAAAACCUGUUUAAAUGGAUCAAGACACCGUCAGCACAGCAGAAACACGCAAAGAUGUGGGAGGCCGGGCAGGAAAGUGUCGUUUUCCAUGUGCCCAAGCUGCACGUCUUCUACCGACUGAGUGGAUAUUUCCCAAUUGGAAUUGUUGACAAUGUCUGGAAUCAUACGACCAUGGAGAAUCCAAACUACGAACCUGAUCUAUGCUGUGUUAGUCGUUUCCGGCCCGAUCCCAGGGAGCCCAAAUACAUUCGCAAACCGCUCGAGCAGCGACAACAAACGGCAGGUGAUUCGAACCAUUUCGUUCCGAACGGAUCAACCGAAGUGGCAGGUGACAGGACACGAUGCGCCUUCUCGAGCGUUGAGGAUGGGCCACGGUGA